CCUUGUGAACGCACGUACGAUCCUUAAUUUCCUUACCAACCCGUUUUCGUCGAUUCUUAUCUACACGAAGGAACGGAACGCGGUUCGAAUUCCACAUUUUCAUCUUCUCACGUCGGCAGCAAUCUCCUCUCGAUCUCUUCUGCUCUCUCCAGAAAGGAUUUUCAUUGAAUUUUUUCUCCUUUUCCUCGUUUCUGUGACCAAGCCAUUUGACCUGUUUGUAAGGUUCAGGAAGAUGAAGUUUCUGGAAUACACUCCAUUGGACAGCAUAAAUCUUUUCUUAAAUCAUCUAAACCUGGGAGAGAGUACCAUCAAAGGGCACCUUGAAGCCUUCUCAUGUAAACAAACUGGGACAGAUAGAAAGCUUUCUUUUAGCUUAGAGCAAGAGAUUCUUGAUUAUCUUGAGCAAUCUUCUGAUAAUGAUUCACCUUCAUCUGUGGAAUAUUUGACUAGUAGAUCAAGUCGGAAAACACUUAUAUAUCUAGUUCUAACACUCAGCCACAUCUAUCCUGAUUAUGACUUCAGCAGUGCAGUGCGAGCUCAUCUGUAUUUCAGAGAGGAAGACUGGGAUAGUUUCAGGCAAAUAUUUGACAACUAUCUCUUUGAAGCGGUUAGAGAAUGGGCUACUGAAAAUGCAGGUUCUUCUCUUUUUGAUAGCAUGACCAAUGUCAUUGAUGAGGUGGUGAAAUUAAAUGAGUGUGAAAUCUACAGCUACAACCCUGACUUCGACGGCAACCCGUUUUUGGAGAAAGGAUCCAUAUGGUCCUUCAACUUAUUUUUCUACAACAGGAAGCUAAAAUGCAUUGUCAGCUUCCGAUGUUGUUGUGUCAGCAACCUCAUAGCAGAAGACUUUGGGGUCAAUGAAAUGAUCGAAGACGAGGAAGAGGAUUUCUUGAUCGGCAUGGACAUGUAACUUGUGGAGAAAUGAUGUAGAUAACGUGAAAUUGCUGGUGCUACAGUUCGACUAUAUCUAUAUUUGCACAGUAUGUUUGGUACAUUUAAGUAGUGGACUAAUGCCGCUUGACCAUCAUGAUGAUGUUGAUGUUGGCUUCGGAUAUAUAAACUAGCCGCUUGACUUGGGUACUUAACUAAAGCAUCAGAAUUCUGUGUCUUGUGUAAUAUUUUCGGAAAUUGGAAAGGUCCUGUGAUGUAUGUAUCGUUUGUUUGCAUCGAGGAUCCUGGAUUUUCGCAA